AUGGGUAACGACGGAGGUAGUAUCCCAACCCGCCGCGAGCUCGUCAAAAAUGCCGCCCGCGCUCUCAACACCACAGAAGUAAAAGCCAACCUCCAAGAAUCCCAGGGCCACGCCUGGUCCUACUGUCCACUCUCCAACCGUCCCCUCAUUGCACCCAUAGUGUCUGACAGCGCCGGAAUACUCUACAAUAAAGACGCGAUUCUCGAGCAAUUAUUACCAAAAGACCCUGAUACCCCCGCCUCAGUACUGAAAGAGAAAGAAGAUAUCCUCCAAGGGCGCGUAAAAGGACUACGGGACAUCGUCGAGGUCAAGUUCACAGUAGCAAAAGAGGAAAAGGAGGAGAAGAAAAUCUGUCCAAUUACCAGCAAGGAGUUAGGGCCUAAGACGAAAUCGGUGUAUUUGGUUCCAUGCGGCCAUGCAUUUUCUGAAGUUGCGAUAAGGGAGGUGGCGGGGGAGAGUUGCGUUGAAUGUAAUGAGGCCUACAAGCCAGAAGAUGUCAUAUUCAUCCUCCCCGUCGCGAAAGAAGAUAUCGCCAAAUUGACAGCCAGGGCGACUAAGCUGAAGGAGGCCGGACUGACACAUUCUCUGAAGAAAGCCCCUGGGUCCAAGAAAAGGAAGAAGAAUACCGAAACCGAAGCUGCAUCCACAACCACGAGCGAUCUCUCGAGCGUCCCAAAGGCAAAAUCAAAGGUGAUUGAGAACACCACCAAUGCCUCGAGAAGCGGCACAUCCACACCAAAUGGCGCAUCAAACGGCAUCAAAAACGCUGCAACAGCUUCACUAACAGCCAAAGUUCUAGACGAGCAGGAAGACCGCAAUAAGCGCCGAAAACUCGGCCUGAACGACAACCUGAAAUCUCUAUUCUCUAGUGGAGGCUACAGUGCGCAAACACAUAAAAGCGGAGACUUUAUGACCAGAGGGUUUUCGAUACCUAAGAAGGCCUAG